AUGGCUACUUUAGAAACUCUCAACUUUGAUAAUCUAGCUUUACGCAGUCUUCCAAUUGAUCCAAGUGAUGAAAAUCGUCCAAGACAAGUUGCAGGUGCCUGUUUUUCUAAAGUGAAACCCAUGCCAGUAGAGAACCCUAAACUAGUCGCAGUGUCUAGUACAGCAAUGGGUAUAUUAGAUCUCCCAGAAUCUGAAUUUGAAAGAAAAGAAUUUGCUGAAUAUUUUAGUGGUAAUAAAUUGUUGCCUGGAUGUGAUCCUGCUGCUCAUUGUUACUGUGGACAUCAAUUUGGAUAUUUUUCAGGACAGCUUGGUGAUGGGGCUACCAUGUAUUUAGGUGAAGUUGUAAACCAGAAAAAAGAACGCUGGGAAAUUCAGUUUAAAGGGGCGGGGCUAACACCGUACAGUCGGAGCGCUGACGGAAGAAAAGUUCUACGAAGUAGUAUUAGGGAAUUUCUAUGUUCUGAGGCAAUACAUCACCUUGGAAUCCCAACAACACGAGCUGGAACUUGUGUAACGUCUGAUUCUCGAGUAGUCCGUGAUAUAUUUUAUGAUGGUCACCCGAUACAAGAACGAUGUACCAUCAUUCUCAGAAUAGCUCCAACUUUUCUCAGGUUUGGAUCGUUUGAGAUAUUUAAACCUGUAGAUAGUCAAACAGGACGAGGUGGUCCCAGUAUCGGAAGAAAAGAUAUUUUAAUACAGAUGUUAGAUUAUACUGUUCAAACUUUUUACCCCCAGAUAUGGGAAGAAUUCUCUGAUGAUAAAAUGAAGAUGUAUAUAGAAAUGUAUAAGGAGAUAAUCAAACUAACAGCUAGACUGGUAGCAGACUGGCAGGCUGUAGGCUGGUGUCAUGGUGUAUUGAACACAGAUAAUAUGAGUAUAGUUGGUUUGACGAUAGAUUACGGUCCGUAUGGGUUUAUGGAUAGAUAUGAUCCCAACUUUAUCUGUAAUGGAUCAGAUGAUGGUGGGAGAUAUUCUUAUAAAAACCAACCAGAGAUCUGUAAGUGGAACUGUAUGAAACUAGGGGAGGCAAUCCAAGAGGCUGUCCCUGUCGACCAAACUAAACCAUUUCUAUCUUUAUUUGAUGAAGAGUUCAGUAAGUGCUAUAAAGACAAGAUGAGGAAAAAGCUUGGAUUAUUAAAUAAAGAUUUACCUGAAGAUCAAGAAUUAGUAGAAGCAUUAUUCUCAACCAUGGAAGAAACAGGAAGUGACUUCACCAAUACAUUUAGAUGUCUGAGUUCUCUCCCCUUGCCUCAAUGUGAGGACUAUGAGAGUAAGAAAGCUGAAAUUUUGUCGUAUCUUGUGUCACAGAGUUGUACGAUUGAAGAAUUACGGAAAGCUAACAGAUCUACCAUGGAUCCAAGACAGAUGCAGAUGUUAAUGAUGUUGAUGCAGACGAACCCUGAUCUCCUGUCAAUUCUGGGCCGAAGAUUUGAGGCGUUUGAAAAAGAACUGGAGAAGAUGGAGAAAUUGAAUGAAUUAAAGGAUGUGACUCAAGAACAGAAGACAAGUAAGGACAGGGAAUUAUGGGAGAAAUGGAUAAAGAAGUAUUCUGAUAGGUUGAAAUUAGAAGCAGAAGGACAAGAUGAUAUUUUAUUAACCAAUCAGAAUCGAGUUAAAAUUAUGAAUCAGAAUAAUCCAAGAAUAAUACUUCGUAACUAUAUAGCCCAGAAUGCAAUAGAUGCUGCCGAGAAGGGAGAUUACUCUGAAAUAAGACGUGUAUUAAAAUUACUGGAAACUCCAUACAGUGGUGAAUUAGAUAUCAGAGAACCAUCGUCCAGUAGUAAUAGUUGUGAUAUUAACCAAUCAUACGAUAGUAAACCUCCGAUAUCAGCACUAGAUUUACGAGUUACUUGA